UACAAAUAAUCUAUAUGAUUAUUGUUUUUAUUUUUAAGUCAAAAUGUAUCGCAGUCCAAAUGUGGGCGGCAGAGGAGGAGGUGUGCUAAGCUUACGUUCCAACUCUGCGGGUGUCUAUGAUGGUAAAAUUGCCGGACUUUAUGAUCUCGAAGAAACUUUGGGCAGAGGACAUUUCGCAGUCGUAAAAUUAGCACGACACGUUUUCACAGGCGAGAAAGUUGCCGUAAAAGUUAUAGACAAAAGUAAACUUGAUGAUGUUUCUAAAGCCCAUCUAUUUCAAGAGGUUCGAUGUAUGAAGCUGGUGCAACAUCCUAAUGUAGUACGUCUCUAUGAGGUAAUAGAUACUGCCACUAAGCUUUAUCUUAUUCUCGAGCUCGGUGAUGGUGGCGAUCUCUACGAUUAUAUUAUGCGUCACGAGUCAGGUCUAUCGGAGCAAUUAGCGAAAGAUUACUUUCGUCAAAUUGUGAGAGCUAUUUCCUAUUGCCACCGUCUACAUGUGGUUCAUCGUGACCUUAAACCUGAGAAUGUUGUGUUUUUUGAAAAUCUAGGUGUUGUAAAGUUAACCGAUUUUGGAUUCAGUAAUAAAUUCUGCCCUGGACAAAAGCUUGAAACUUCCUGUGGAAGUUUAGCUUAUUCCGCUCCAGAAAUACUUUUAGGAGAUUCUUACGAUGCUCCAGCUGUUGACGUGUGGUCUUUAGGGGUGAUUUUAUAUAUGCUAGUUUGUGGCCAUGCGCCUUUUCAGGAGGCAAAUGAUUCUGAAACGCUUACUAUGAUUAUGGACUGCAAAUAUAGUGUACCGUUACAUAUUUCUACCGAAUGUAAAGAUUUAAUUUCGAGAAUGUUGAUACGAGAUCCUGAGAAGCGAGCAACACUAACAGAAAUUGCUAAACAUCCAUGGUUAAAACAAAAGAAGGAAGACCACAUUGACAUUUUGCCCUUAGUAUCUCGUGAACAACUCUGUGACGAGGAUCAUAAUUUUAUUGUACAAAAAAUCGUCAAUGGAAACAUUGCCACCAAAGAGGAAAUUCAAGAGAGCUUGGAUAAAAAUGCGUAUAAUCAUAUAACUGCCACAUAUUAUCUAUUGGCUGAACGCAAAUUAAGGUCCAAGAGACAAGAACAAGUUAGCAUAAACAAAAAGAGACCAGAAAAUUUAUCUGUUAGUCAAAACGUCAACAGAAGUAAUGGAAAUUCUGUGGGUACUCCAUGCUUACUAGCGGUACCUCGCACUCCAGGAGAUUUACCGCAGAGAUCUCGUAAGUGCAGUAUAGUACAAGAAGAUGAAGAGGAAGAAGAUCUUUCUGGACGCGAAGAUUCUCAGACCCAUGGUUCGUUGAAUAGACGUGGCUCACGUUCAGAAGGACGGUUAAAUCUUACAGUUCAGGGGUGCUUAAAUGAAAAAGAGUUCAAAAAUGAAGAGAAAAAACGCGAAAUACAUAAGCCUGUUGUAAAGCAAUUUUCUCAUUCUAUUACUAAUAACCAACAGAAAACUGUUAUCAGUCAACACAGUCCCUCAAAGUGGCACAAGAGUAACAGCGUCCCUCAACCGAUUCCUCACAAGCCUAAAAAGAUUCCUGAUGUUGUUUCGACAAGUAUUUUAAACGAGUCUUCAACAAUCUCGAUACCUGUCCUCACUAAUUCUCCUUAUCCACCUCAGAAGUUCGCCCCAAAUUUUAAGACAAUGCCCUCACCUACACGAACCUCGCCUGUUAUACCAUCACCCUUACAGCUUAACGAAAUAUUUGAAGAGGGAGAUGGAAUUGACAGUAAUCUUCAUCAUUCAUCAAGAAAUAUUGUCAGUCGAAAUCAAAAAAGGGUUUCAUAUGAACAUAGACGUUCAAAAUUUCAUAAAAGCAGGACUGCGUCCUGCAGCUCAUCAGAUGCUAGCGAUGAUGAUAGUGAAAAUCGUAAAAAGAGAGCGCAUAAAUUCAAUUCUACUAAAGAGGAACCUUUAAAAGGUAGGCGAGAUUCUCAUGAUGACAGUAGUGACUCCCAGGAGCCUGGUACAGGAACAAGCACUGGAGGAUCAUCUUCCAUUAAACCUCCAAUUAUCACUCAAACGANAUUCGGUUCUA